AUUCCAGCACAUGGCCGUCUCGGUCAACUGGACGUGAGUUCGCUCUGCUGAGCAAAACAUUAGUGUUUUAUAUAGUCAUUAUGACGAAGACCGAUACCAGACAGUUGUCUUCUGCAAUAAUAUCCCACAUUUUGCAUUUCUCAACAUCCUGAUCGGCAGAAUAUACUCAGUGUCUUAAGAUCAGAAAGUUGUCAAUCAUGUCUAUGUUCAGCACCGGUAUCCUGGUCCUUACGUCUCCGUUACACAUCCUCCCUCUCCGCAUCGCGCCUGUCCUCACGUCUGCUGCCCAGGUGGUCGAGCGCACACUGUACGUCCAUCUCCACCCCGGCCUCAACCUGAGCACAGGUGGCCAGGUGCGGCCCGUCUACAUCCCGCCCGUGGUGGAUCUCUGCGCUCUCAUCUCCCGCCUUUACAGCAAUGCCGCUGACAUUUGCGCACACCUUGACGUCAGGGUGCUGCUCAGUAACGUCCGUGCCCAAUCUGUGGCAUUGAGCGGAAGCAGCGGCCCUUUUCCCACCCCGCAGACGCUGUCCCACUCGCCAGAAGUAGUGCUGACAGACUACCCCAUCCAGGAUUCAGGCCAGUCCUCGCUGGUCACCCAGUGCUUGCAGAAGUACGCGCGUCACUGCUACAUCUGCAACCCGACUCUCUCAUCUGUGCUUUUGUACCCACGACUAAAAGAGGUCGAGGAAGAUGAUGAUAGAGGAGGAAGUGGUGCACAAUUAAAACCUUUAGAGACGUUCAGUGAUGUGGUGGUUGGCGGCACUUUUGACCGUCUGCAUGGGGCCCACAAGACGCUGCUGAAUAUUUCCUGUCUGAUGGCCAACAGACGCUUUGUCAUUGGUGUGUGUGACCAGGAACUACUAAAAAAAAAGGUCUUGAAGGAGUUGAUCGAGCCGUAUUAUCAGCGUGUGCAGAAGCUCCAGGACUUUCUGAACGAUGUAAAGCCAUCGCUCAAGUACGAAAUCGUUCCUCUCUCCGACCCCUUCGGCCCAUCCAUAAGCGACCCUGAGCUGCAGUGCAUUGUGGUCAGCGAGGAGACGAGGAAAGGCGGUGAAGCUGUCAACAGGAAGCGUGUGGAAAAUGGAUUGGCUGAACUGGUUCUGUACGAGAUCCAGCUGUUGAAAGAUGCCCACCAUGCUGACAUCGAGGAGGAGAAGAUCAGUUCCUCCAGCCUGAGAACAAGAAUGCUGGGCACGCUGCUCAAACAUCCAUCUCCGCAGCCAGAUCUACCUCUGGAUCCGUAUGUGAUUGGUCUGACGGGCGGCAGCGGGUCUGGAAAGAGCUCUAUAGCACACAGACUGGAGGCUCUCGGCGCCGUGAGGAUUGACUGCGAUCAGCUCGGUCACGAGGCCUACCUGCCGGGAACAUCUGCUUAUCAUAAGGUCGUCCAGGAGUUCGGCCCAGAUAUUCUUAAUGAGGAUAAGACCAUCAACAGACGAGUACUGGGUGGAAAAGUAUUUGGUAAUCAGGAGCGUCUGAGAGCUCUGACAGAUAUUGUGUGGCCUGAGAUUGCUCUGCUGGUGAAGAAAAGAAUAAAACAAGCAAAGGAACAGGGUAAGCGUGUCUGUGUAGUGGAUGCGGCCGUGUUGCUCGAGGCGGGAUGGACAUAUUUGGUGCAUGAGGUUUGGGUGGCCACCAUCCCAGAGGAAGAGGCAGUGAAGCGUAUAGUCCAGCGUGACGGUGUCAAGGAGGAAGAUGCCUUGAGGAGACUGAAGAGCCAGUGGCCGAAUGCACAGCUAAUAGAACAUGCUAACGUAGUGCUGUGCACACUGUGGGAACCUGACAUUACUCAGAGACAGGUGUUGAAAGCCUGGCAUCUAUUACAGCAGCGGAUUCAGAAGAGACCAGAAGAAAUCAGACCUUCACCCUGAGACCGGCUUCAAUAUGAAUACGUUUUCAAAAUGUAGUGAAAUAUUUUAGUUCAUUUCAGAAGCAUAAAUGAGCGACUGUUUGUUUAAAGGCACAAUAUGUAUGAUUUCACACUCACAGAGUCAUCAAACUACACUUUUCAUUAUUUAUUUUGAAUACGUGCCCUCUACCGGCAAAAAUGACAUUGUGCCUUUAAGUCAUGUACCAUUUGUUUCAUCAAACACCUGUAAUCUUCAUAAAGCAAAUGAGCCAGUUUGAGUUCUUAUGUGGCUCUUCUAAUGCAGUAAAAUAGAUUUGGGACAGAAAACACCUUGAGCGCUUUUUAAUAUCUGCAAUAUACAGUUUACCAUUUGUUCUUGUGCCGGUUAUCGAAUAUUGUCAUAUUUGGUUGUUGCAUUGCCAUUUACUUAUUUUUCUAAUCGAAUCGCUGAGUGUUAUUUUCAGUGGAAAAGGCUUUGACCGUGAUUGUGGUGUAGAUUAUACAUGCUCUUAAAGAGAGAAGACGUUAUUAAUCUAUAUUGUGCCUCCUGAAGACCAAAGUUAAAACCAUGUCAGAUUAACCCAUAACAGACCAACUGGUCAGUGAUUUCAGGCAAGUUUAUAAAAUGAUUUGAUGUAUUCAUGGAUUAGCCAUUAAAAAUAAAAUGACUUAAUGUAAUAAAACUUUAAUACAUUUAUUCUUCAUAUAUAUACACACACAUGCACGUACAACAAAUGUAGCAUUUUAAAAUUUCUUUGUCAAAGUAAGCCGAAUCAAAUCAUGCCCAGGUUCUGUAGAAAAACACAAUGCUCAAACAAAAUGAAUGGCUAAAAUGUUUCACACCAGGGAAAAUUACAGAAAUUAAACUUGAAACUAACAUUAAAAUCGUGACUUAAUCAACAAUAGAACAAUUCAGAA